GGAAAUUAUCAAGUAAGUAAGAGACUUGUAAGGUAAUUGAAUCGGGAAAAUCAAUAUGUCAUUAGUUUCAUCAUCAAUAUAUGGAGGAGCAAUUCAAAUUAAAUUAUCGGAAGAGAUAGCCUAUUCAGCACUUGAUGCAUCAAAAUUUAGACAAGUACCUGAUUCACAAGAAGUAUUUAUAAUUCCUACUCCUUCGAAAUCUUCUAAGUACGAUAGAUCUUUAAUAAUUGCCUUACUCCAGAUUGUUCCAGAAGAAUCGUAUAAUAAGGCAAUUGCUACACAUAUUGAAGACUUAAUUGAAGAAGAUCAUGAGAAAAUAACUAACCAUUAUAUUGAGCAAAUUAAGGAUGAGUUGGAUAAUGAUAUUUAUUUAAGUGUUAUUGAAUAUGACAAUAAACGUAGAGAUGCUAAAGAAGAAGGUUCACCUUUGAAAUAUGUCACUUUCAUUAGUUUAAUUCGUUUACCUAAAGUAGAGACUGAUGUAUUAAUUACAUUAGAUAUCCCAAUUGAAACUGAAGUAGAUCUUGAAGAUUUACUUAGUAGUAUUAAAAUAAAUCAUCACUCAAAUAAUGAAAUUGUAACGGGAUUGAAAUAUAAUUAUGAGUGGUUUAGGCAGAUUAGUGUGAACUUUAAAGUUAAAGACUGGUCCUUAUUUGGUCAUAAUUGAACUCUAGUACACAUAGGACUCUAAUAAUGCUUAUAUUCUCCCACAUUAAACUAAUUACUGAGAAGAAAAAAAAGCUUAAGAGGUAGGUAAGUAUAUAGUUUGUAGUAAUAAUAUAAUAUUAAUUUAUGGUUAAAUAAAACCAAAGAAAUAU